AUGUCGAAACCUCUCAAAAAAAGAUCCCAAUUCGAAUGUACAAUAUGCAAGAAGCAGCUCUCUAGUGAAGCACAUUUUACAAAGCAUAUGAAUACCAUCCAUAAGCCGAAACAGUUCAUAUGUGAUUUUGAUGGUAAAAUUUUCAACACAAAAGACUCACUGCGACUUCACAUGUUCAAUCAUAGAAUAUAUUACAAAAUUAAAUGUGAAGUUUGCAGUAAGGAAUACAAAACUGAUCAAUCUAUGAGAAAGCAUCUAAGGACUCACUUCCAACAGCACCAAUGUGAUUUGUGUGGCCAAAUUUUUAAGUAUAGAAGGUUGCUCCAGAAUCACAUCAAUGCUAUACAUGAGGAAGCUCUAACUGUGCAGUGCAAAUACUGCACACGAUUAUUUGCUAACACGACAACUCGCGAUUCCCACCAACAACUUCUUCACAAAGACCAAAAAGAAAAUCAGAAAAUUUUCAAAUGUACCGAAUGUGCUGCUGGCUUUGAGAUGAAAGAGGAAUUAAGAAUUCAUAGCUUUAUUCAUUACAAUGGUACAAUUCAUACUUGCCUUGACUGCAAUCAAAUUUUCAAGAAGAAGAAACUGUUAAAUAUUCACAUGCAGAAGCACGAGAUGACUAAUUUUGUGUGUACGGGAUGUGAUCAAUCUUUCAAGUACAAAUCAAAUUUGAAUAAGCAUUUAAAGAAAGGAAGAUGUAAAGUGAAGAACGAAGAAGAUGAAAGUGAUAAAUUAAAUCAGGAAGUAGCAGAAAUUGCGAGGCAGCAGUUGAUUAAUAUAACUAAAGAUUAUUCAAGGUCGGUCGUUGUUCCAACAAAGGAUGAGGAACAGAAAAAGAAAAUAGCAUUACAAACUCCAAAGAUUAAUAAAAACGAGGUAAUAACUCAUCCUGAAGAGGAAAUUGAUGAUCCUGAAAUUCUUAAAUCUCCUACUGAAGACACAUCACAGUCUAUAGACACUACAAAAAGGAUUUACAUCAAAAAGAAAACAACAAGAGUCAUCAAACCACACACGACAGCACAGUACGAAUGUGACAUUUGUGGACUUACAUUCCAAAUAAAGUGCAAACUUCUGUCGCACAUCCGACUGCAUAUUUCAUCGGUCAGACAUAAAUGCAAAAUUUGUGAACAGACUUUUAAGAGUAUGAAAAAUUUGCAUACACAUUCCAUGAAAAUUCACGGGAGAGGAGCUUAUGGUACAGUCGAAUACAGCAAAUUCUCAUUUGAAUGUGAGAUUUGUAAGAAGCUUUUUAGUGCUGAACGAAUUAAGGCACACAUGGCACUUCAUACUACUCCAAAAAUCAUUUGUGAUCAUUGUGGGAAAUUUUACAGGACGAAGACAGCAUUAGAAUAUCAUUUGUCGAUAUCCCAUAAGGAAGAAAAGAAGUUCACAUGCUCAGUUUGUGGCAAAAGUUUUAAGAAAAUGUCAAUUUUAAAGCAGCAUGAAGAAACUCACAAUCCGAUAAAAAUAUUUAUAAAAUGUGAAAUGUGCCCUAAAAUUUUACAAAUGAAGCAUUUAAAAUUACACAUGGAUAUCCAACAUGGAAAUAAGUACAAUGAGAGAAAUCAUCACUGUCACUGUGGAAAAGCAUUUAGAUACGAGAAACAAUUAGACAAACAUAAGGAACAAGUUCAUGAAGCUAAAAAUCGAGGUGCAAUUUAUCCAUGCACAGAAUGUGAUAAAACAUUUACAAGGCGACAAGAACUGAGGAAUCACUCAUUUAUUCAUUACAAUGGUCCAGUCUUUCAAUGCACAACAUGUCAACUUAAAUUUAAGAAAAAGAAGCUGUUGUAUAUCCAUUCUAGAGUUCAUAAUGUGGCAACUACAAAAUAUCCAUGUGGAUAUUGUCAAAUCAUUUUCAAGACUUGUGGUGGAAGAAGGAAGCAUCAGUUGAAAGUUCAUAAAAAUGACAAGGGAGUUGAGGGUACUUUUGAAAUGAGUGAAAUGUAUACAGUUGUUUAA